GUUAGUUUUGACCCUACUUAUUUGUGCCAUAAAAAAAAAUCGAUCCUAAUUGACAGCUAUUUGGACUUUUACAUCUGCCAAACCCUUUUUCUUGAACUGUGGUCACUAAAUGAGGGGAGUCUGGUCUGGGAAGUCCCAUCCAUUCCUUCAAUAGGAUGGGGAGCGGGGAUAGUGUCUCCGGCGAUCUCAAGAAUAGGAGGGAAUGUUGACCAGGGAGCACCGCUGCGGCCGACCAGAGGAGCAGGAACUGGAACCCUGGCCGAGUCCGAAAAAAGCCAGAUCUGGAAGGUGGCUGCGGAACGGUUUUAAGUGGAAGAUGGAGGAGCCGGAGGAACCGGCGGACAGUGGGCAGUCGCUGGUCCCGGUUUAUAUCUAUAGUCCCGAGUAUGUCAGUAUGUGUGACUCCCUGGCCAAGAUCCCCAAACGGGCCAGUAUGGUACAUUCUUUGAUUGAAGCAUAUGCACUGCAUAAGCAAAUGAGGAUAGUUAAGCCUAAAGUGGCCUCCAUGGAGGAGAUGGCCACCUUCCAUACUGAUGCUUAUCUGCAGCAUCUCCAGAAGGUCAGCCAAGAGGGCGAUGAUGAUCAUCCGGACUCCAUAGAAUAUGGGCUAGGUUAUGACUGCCCAGCCACUGAAGGGAUAUUUGACUAUGCAGCAGCUGUAGGAGGGGCUACGAUCACAGCUGCCCAAUGCCUGAUCGACGGAAUGUGCAAAGUAGCAAUUAACUGGUCUGGAGGGUGGCAUCAUGCAAAGAAAGAUGAAGCAUCUGGUUUUUGUUAUCUCAAUGAUGCUGUCCUGGGAAUAUUACGAUUGCGACGGAAAUUUGAGCGUAUUCUCUACGUGGAUUUGGAUCUGCACCAUGGAGAUGGUGUAGAAGACGCCUUCAGUUUCACCUCCAAAGUCAUGACCGUGUCCCUGCACAAAUUCUCCCCAGGAUUUUUCCCAGGAACAGGUGACGUGUCUGAUGUUGGCCUAGGGAAGGGACGGUACUACAGUGUAAAUGUGCCCAUUCAGGAUGGCAUACAAGAUGAAAAAUAUUACCAAAUCUGUGAAAGGUACGAACCUCCUGCCCCAAAUCCAGGCCUGUAGAAGCAGCUGCCGCAGCUUGUCUUCCCCAUUUGCAUAGCCUUGUCUGAAAACUAGACUGCUGAAUACUGAAGGAUCAGGUUUCUCAUCAAGAAAACUGCAUUUUAAAUGAAUAUCUUGUAUGUUUAUAGGGAAGUUACUAAUGUAGUGUAAAGAGAUGCCUGUCCUCCCCCUCCUUUCUGGAUAAGAGAUUUUAUACUUUCACAAAACGAAAAAUUAAUGAUUUGCAGUGUAGCAAACAGUACUGUUACAGUGGUUAGGGAAACUUUCCCAAAAGCAAUCUGGAGUGACAUUUCAUUCAUUUAUUCAUUUAAUGACUAUUUAUUGAAUGCCUACUAUGUAUAAAGUAUUGAUUCUACCCUCGAGGAAGUUAGUGGAAAUUUUAAAAUGUUAGAUAAAUAAAUAGAGAUUGAUUUUCAUAUUCACACACAUUUAAAUAAAUAAAACAUAGAAAAUUGUAAGAACCAUAAGAGAUAGAAUGCUGUGGGUAUUCAAAGAGAGAAAAUACUUCAGAAAAAGGCGUAAUUGAGGAGGUAAUAUUUGAUCUGGUUUCUAAAGGGUAGCUAAUUACUCUAUCUUUACAAAGUGUGUGAAUGUAUAUGAGUGUUUAUAAAAUCUGGGUCAAGUUUGAAUAUACAGAGAUUGUAGGGAAGGAUGUUCUACACACAGGGUACAGCAAGAUCAAAGUUGGGAGAAGCUGAGCUAUGUACAAAGAAUAGCAGUGGUUUUAGUUUGGCUGGACUGUAAAGUGCAUGAAGGAGAAGUUGCAAAGAAGAUUGGAAAUGUGGGUGGGAACCACAUCACGGAAGAGCUGGAAUUCUUAGCUAUGAAAAUUUGUACCAUAUUCUGUAAACAUUUUGGGAGCCACUGAAGGUUUUAGAAUGAGGGAAUCAUAAGAUCAAAGCUUGCUUGGGAAGAUUAACACUCUUCCCAGUAAAGUUUUGGCAACAGCAUCUGCUGUUAUAUUGAAAUAAUGUGGGUAAAGUGGCUGACAUAGUAUCUGAUGCAUAGUAGCUCAGUAAGUCAUGGAAGCAGAUAUACUGUAGUGGUUUAGAGCAAAAACUGUGGUGCCUGGAUGCCUGGGUUCAGAAACCAGCUCUGCCACUUAAUAGCUGUGUGAUUUUGUACAGAUUUCUUAACCUCUCUGUAUGGUAGUUUCCCCGUCUGUAAAAUAGGAUUAAAAAUAAUACCUGUUAUGAAUUAUUAUGAGGGUCAAAUGAGUUAAUACAUGUAAAAUACAUAGAACAGUGCUCUAUUCUGAAUAAAGUGCUCAAUAAAUGUUAGCUGUUAUCAUCAUUAUUAUCAUUCUCAUUCAUGGAGGAGAUAAAAUUUAAGCUAGACUUUAAAGAAUGGCUGUGAUGUACACAUGUAGAAAGGUAACUUUCAGGCACAAGUAAGUACAUGACAAAAGGCAUACUUGCAAGAAAAUACAAGGUGAGUGAGGUGAACAAUGGAGAGUUCAGUUUGCCUGUAGAAUAAUAUAGGCUAAGGUGUUAUUGGAAAAUAAGAUUUUAAAGGUGGGCCAUAGUCAGAUUACAAAGCACUUUGGAUCAUAGCCUAAGAAUAUUAAGUGUUCUCUAAAGACAAUGGAGGGACAUUAAAGGUUUUUGAAUUAAGAAGUAACUUUAUCAAACUAUAUCCCUGAGGAAAAUUAAUUUGAUGGUUGUGUGUGUGAAGGAUUGGAGAGGGAAGAGACUUGAGGCAGGGAAACUGAUUAGGAAGCUAUUGGUGUAAUCCGUGAAGGUGGUCAUAAGGGCUAGAUUAGAGUACUGCAGUGGGAGUGGAGAGGAAGGAAUAGGAGAGAGAUUGGUGGAAGACUGGUAAUUGGAGAGGAACAGGAAAAGGGAGGAAUCUGAAAGGGUGACUUUCAAAUUCCUCAGUUUUGAACAUGGGUGACUGAAAAGAUGGAUGUCAUUAACAGAGGCAGGGAAUAGAAGAGGUAAGAUGACAGAUUUAGCAUAGUCAAAAUGGAGCUGUAAAUCACAGCUGACUUCUCUUCACAAAUUGACAUAUCUUAUCCUAAAAUGUAUCCAGAAAUUCAACCCAGAGUAGCAAAAGCAAUCUCAAAACAGAAGGACAAAGUUAGAAAACUCAAACUUCUCAACUUUAAAACUUACAACAAAACUACAGUAAUCAAAGCUGCAUCUUGCUGGCAUGAGGACAGACAUAUAGAUUAAUGGAACAGAGUUCAGAGUCCAGAAAUUAGCCCCCACAUUUAUAGUCAAUUGAUUUUACACAAAGGGGCCAAGACCAUUCAAUGGGGGAGAGGACAGUCUUUUCAAUAAAUAAUGAUAGGACAACUGGAUGUAUCAAUAUACAAAAGAAUAAAGUUGGACCCUUACCUCACACCAUAUAUAAAAAUUAAUUUAAAAUAGAUCAAAGACUUAAAUGUAAGAGCUAAAACUAUAAAACUCUUAGAUGAAAACAUAGAUGUAAAUUUUCAUGAUGUUGGAAUAGGAAGUGGUCUCUUGGAUAUGACACCAAAAACAUAAGCAAAAAAAGAAGAAAUAGAUAAAUUGAAUUUUGUCAAAAUUUAAAACUUUGUGCUGCAAAGGACACUAUCAAGAGAGUGCAAAGAUAACGCACACAAUGGGAGUACAUAUUUGCAAAUCAUGUGUCUGAUAAGAGACAUAUUUAGAAUAUUUUAAGAACUCUUACAACUCCAUAUUAAAAAGACAACCCAGUUUAAAAAUGGGCAAAGGGUUGAAAUAGAUAUUGUUUCAAAGAAGAUACACAAAUAUCCAAUAAGCACAUGAAAAGAUAUUCAACUUUAUUACUAAUCAGAAAAAUGCAAAUCAAAACCACAGUGAGAUACUACUUCACACCCGCUAGGAUGGUUAUAAUUAAUUUAAAAUGAAACAAAACAAAAAAUAGCAAGUGUUGGUGAAGAUGUGGAGAAAUUGGAACCUUCAUACAUUGCUGAUGGGGAUGUAAAAUGGUGUGGCCACUGUGGAAAACAGUCUAGCUGUUCCUCAAAUGGUUAAACAUAGAGUUGCCACAUGACCCAGCAAUUCUACUCCUAGGUAUAUAUCCCCAAGAGAAUUGAAAAUGUGUCUACACAAAACUUGUACAUGUAUAUCUGUAGUAGUAUACUAUAGUGGCAUUAUUUUUUUUAUUUUUUAUUUUUUAUUAUAUAGUGACAUUAUUAAUAUCAGCCAAAAAGUGGAAAUAACAUCAACAGAUAAAUGGAUAAAAUGUGGUCUAUCCAUGCAAUUGGAUGUUAUUCAACCAUAAAAAGUAAUGAAGUACUGAUACAUGCUACAACACAAAUGAACCUUGAAGAUAGUCACAAAAGAAAACAUUAUAUGAUUCCACUAAUAUGAAAGGUCAAAAUUAGACAAAUUCAUAGGAACAGAAAGUAUAUUAGUGGUUGCCAGGGGCUGGGGGUUGGAGAGUGGUGGGAAUAUAUAGUGACUGGUAAUGGGUUCAGGGUUUCUUUUGAGGACGAUGAAAAUAUUCUAAAAUUCAUUGUGAUGUGUGCACAACUCUUUGAAUAUGCUAAAAGCCAUUGAAUUGUACACUUUAAAUGAGGGAAUUAUAUAGUAUAUGAAGAUCAAUAAACUUAUUUUAAAAUUACUUUUAAAAUAUUUUUUUCCUGGAACUGUAGCCCCUGAUAACCAGCUGCAGAUUUUUUAGUAGAACCAACUGUCAGUUGCUUCUAAGAAGUUUGAAAAAGAUAACAGAGAAAAGGCUUUUGGAUACGGUAAUCCAGAGGUCUCUCUACCUUUAAGAGAGCAAUUUCAGGAGAGCAGUAAGAUCAGAUUCUGGACUGCAAGAAGUAUGUAUAGGUGGCCAGUAUGUGGAUAAGUUGGACAAUGCUGAGAAGAAGGGGAGGGAUAGAUGGGCAACUUUUAACUUAUAGUCUACAGGAACUGAAUCAGCAGGAAUUCAGGGACUGAAGAUGUAAGAAAAGAGCUCAUUGGUGAUAUAUGACCCUUAAAGCAACAAAAGAGAAUUUAGUGCUUAGAGGGAUAAAUUAAGCUGGAAAGGGAGAAGAAAUAUUAUAGAGGACAUUUUCAGGUAGAGAAAAGAGGUAAAGGCACUCAUUACACAUAGCUUCAACCAGUUCCGUCCAGUAUGAAAUAGAAAAAGUUUGAUCUAGAAAGAUACAUAACAAACUAUUAAUCAGCAGUUACCUCUGGGGUGGAAGUUGAGAUGGAAAUAGGGAGAUUUUUCACUUUUAUUUGAUAGACCUUUAUAUUUUAUUUAUUUAUGUAUGUAUUUAUUUAUUUAUUUGAGACUGUGUCUCACUCUGUCGCCCAGGCUGGAGGGCAGCGGUGCGAUCUUGGCUCACUGCAACAUCCGCCUCCCAGGUUCAUGCGAUUCUCCUGCCUCAGCCUCCCAAGUAGCUGGGAUUACAGGUGCCUGCCACAACGCCCAGCUAAUUUUUGUAUUUUUAGUAGAGACGAGGUUUCAUCAUGUUGGCCAGGCUGGUCUCAAACUUCUGACCUCAAGUGAUCUGCCCGCCUCAGCCUCCCAAAGUGCUGGAUUACAGGCAUGAACCACCGUGGCCGGCCAUGUUUAAUUUUUUAUAUCAAGAAUGUCCUCUCAUUAUAUUUGUAUUUUUCUUUUUUUUUAUUAUAAGUUUUAGGGUACAUGUGCACAAUGUGCAGGUUUGUUACAUAUGUAUCCAUGUGCCAUGUUGGUGUGCUGCACCCAUUAACUCGUCAUUUACCAUUAGGUAUAUCUCCUAAUGCUGUGCCUCCCCCCUCCCCCCACCCCACAACAGUCCCCGGAGUGUGAUGUUCCCCUUCCUGUGUCCAUGUGUUCUCAUUGUUCAAUUCCCACCUAUGAGUGAGAACAUGUGGUGUUUGGUUUUUUUGUCCUUGCGAUAGUUUACUGAGAAUGAUGAUUUCCAGUUUCAUCCAUGUCCCUACAAAGGACAUGAACUCAUCAUUUUUUA